AAAAAUUGUAUUUCAGGUUAAUUGAUUAAUUAACUUUGAAAAGUAUACUUUCGACAUGAAAUAAAGAAACUAAAAUAAAUUCUUGUUUUGAUCUUUUCCGAUAAUAAUGGAAGUCCAAGAAAAUAAUUCUGACGAAGGCGAUGUGUGGGCUCAAACAAUUUUCACAAUAACUCCUCAAGAGAAUGGAACUUUACGUGAAAUAAUUGAGGAGACACAAAUUUCGGGAAAUCCGAAUGAGAAAUUGGAACUCGAGGAAAAUAAUAUUAUUCGUGAACACAAAAUUGAAAGUCCUGCGAAACACGUCAUUGAUUCCGACGAAUUGAGUCGAGAGCCAUUUGCAGAAGUCGAAUGUCAAACUUAUAUACAGGAUAUUGAGAAAAUUCACAUUCCUAUUGAAUUUAAGGACGAGGCAAGUCAGACGUUUUACAUUGGAACACGAUGUCGAGUUGAAAAUGUUGUCAAAGAAGUCAUUGCCGGAAUCAGUAAAAAAUCCCUUCCCAUACUCAAGAGUGGAGAAAAAUCACAAACUAUCGUCACAUUCGAUGUCAAUUAUCCCCGAGAUGAAAUAAUCGAAAAACUAGUUGCGAAUCAAGAUUCAAAAAUUAGUGAAAUCAAAAGAAUAUCAUCAACCGAGGAAAAUAUUUUCCAAAUUCAUAUCUGGCAUCUUUUAAAUUACAUAAUCGAUCGAGUAUUCUGGAAUUCAGAUCCUGAGGAACCAAUUCGCGAAUAUAGAGACGUCGAAUCACAAACUGAUAUUAUUUGCAAUUGGAAAACGGGAAAAGUGAUUUUUAAUCAAGAAACACAAACACAAUUAACGUGCGAACCAAAAGUUUCGAAUUCGAAAUUAAUUGGCGAUUAUCUGGAAACGAAGAAUUUUGUGAUAAAUUUUGUUGAAGAUUGUUUAUCGAAAGGAGUUUACAAUCGGAUGAUUAUUGAUGAUAUUUUUGAGGAAAUUUUGAACAAUUGUUCGAGGGAAAUUAGAUUUCCUUUCUUGGAUAACGGGGCACAAACACUUGCCACUUACAAAACAGUAGAUGAUGACGGUGAUGAGGAUAUUUUGAAAAAAUUGCGACGUCCACUGGCUGUUGACCCCGAGGAGUCGAAAAUUGUAAUUAAUCAUCUGAUGAAUGAUUUUAUUGAAGAUGUUUUCGUUGCAAUUGCAAAAGAGAUAGAAGUUACUGUUAAGUUUAUCCUUUGUGUCUUGAUUAGAAAUUCUAUUCUCAUCGCCGUACAACUGAGAGAAAAACGGAAGAUUAAGGAACCAAAAUUAUUGGACACGGUAUUCAUUGAGAGAAAAAAGAAAUUAGCAAAACGUGAAAGACCGAAAGUGAUAACAGUUUCAACGCAAACAAAAUUAGCUGGAGUUCCUGAAGUAAAGAAAAUUGGAGAAUUACUUGAAUCGACAAAAAUUUUCUGCUCUGCUUGCGCAACUGAAUCGGAAUGUUGUCAUUUUUGCACUGAAUCGCGAAAUUCAGAUUUUCACUUUACGAUGAAACAGACGGAAAUUCUUCAAACACAAGAUAUUCUCUUGACAUACAAACCGUGUUACAUUGAAAAUAAAUUGCGAAAUGUGAAAACUCCCCGUCUUCAAGUUCCGCAAUUAAGUGAAAAGAGUGAAAAAAUUCAUAAAAUAUGUUCACCGAGCACAAAUUCGGAAACAUCGACAAAUUCUUCGAUGACAAGCAGUGAAUAUAGUAAUGAACCUUUGAAGAAAAUUUGCAGAAAAAGUUCUCCAUGCGGUUGGUCGGAUUUUGAAGUUUCUCCCUCUAAUUUUUGGUCAAGUUCAGACUUCAAGCCACCGUCAAUAAAAUCCUCAUCAAAAUUGACGAAUAAAAUUUCCCUUCAAUCUGAAAAUUCAAAAAUAAAUCGUCUCUCAAAUUCUCAAUGUAAUUUAUCGUCACAAACAGUAACGGCUCUUAAAAUUCUCAAGCGCGCAUUUUGCACCCAAGAAACCUGUUCAAGAAUGGAAGAAAAUUCCAAAACUAAAUUCUCGAACAAAUUUAUUCAAUUUCAGUGAAUGAUUAAAAAAAAAUUUUAAUUAAAAUAAUUUUUAAAAAAAUUCUUUGAGUGAAAAUUCUGAAUGAAAAUAUUAAACAUUGAGAAAAAUAUUCAACGGCAUCAAAUUUAUUGUUACAGUCAAUUGACAAUAGUUACAUACAUAUGCAAAUAAAAGUCGUACACUUUUGCUCUUAAAAUCAAUUCUUGUCAUUUCAAUCGUCUCACAUAAAUUUAAAUGCAACAUUAAUCCUUAUCGAAGAAAUUUUAAUACACAUUCGUUUUCGCAAUGUUGCUUUAUUGUUUAUUUUUCUUCUAAUCCUCCUCUUUUUCUUCAUUUUCAAUUAAAAAAUAUUUCUUUCCUUCUUAAUUUCAAAAAUUUAUAAUUUAUUAUAAUUUACAAUUUUUUCUUAAAUUUAAAAAAGACAAUUUUAAUUUUUAAUGUAAGAAAAGCAAAUUUUUCUUUCAAAAAAUGUUUUUUAUUAUCAAACAGUAUUUUUCAGUCAAUAUUAACAAAAUCUCAAUCAUUAUCGUUGUAAAUUUUUCUUUUUAUUUUAAACGCACAAAAAUAUCGUAUUGUGUUUGAAAAAAAAUAUUUUUUUUUAAUAUAAAAAUUUCUCACAACAA